AUGGAGGGGGAGAAGAAGCAGGUAACUUGUUAUCUCUUGUUUUCCUUGUCGACGGCAGUUAUCGGAUCGCUUCAGUUUGGCUAUAACACAGGGGUCAUCAAUGCUCCAGAGCAGAAACUAAGGGCGUUCUUUAAUAACACCUGGAUGGAGCGGUAUGGGGAACCCAUUAAACCUGGGGUGUGCACCAUCGUAUGGAGUUUGGCUGUGGCCAUCUUCAGCGUGGGGGGCAUGGUUGGUUCCUUCAGCGUGGGAGUCAUGGCGGACAAGUUUGGCCGGCGGAAGUCCAUGUUCAUCGUGAAUGUCUUGGCUCUGAUUGGCGGAGGUCUGAUGGGCGUGUGCACUCUCUGCUCCUCCUAUGAGAUGAUCAUCGCCGGUCGUCUGGUGAUUGGUCUCUUCUGUGGCCUUUUCACUGGCCUCACGCCCAUGUAUGUGGGGGAGGUGUCACCCACCCCCCUGAGGGGGGCAUUUGGGACCUUGCACCAGCUGGGCGUGGUGGUGGGCAUUCUCAUUGCCCAGAUUUUCGGUCUUGAGUCUCUGCUUGGCUCAGACAAGCUGUGGCCAGUCCUGCUGGCUCUCACUGUCCUGCCGGCAGUGUUACAAUGCAUUCUCCUUCCCUUCUGCCCCGAGAGUCCGAGGUACCUCCUCAUUAACCUCAACCAGGAGGAGCAGGCCCGCAAAGCCCUGGUGCGCCUGCGUGGCUCUGAGGACGUGAGUAAGGACAUGCAGGAGAUGAAAGAGGAGAGUGUGAAGAUGGCCAUGGAGAAGAAGGUGACCAUUCCCGAGUUGUUCCGCACCGCCGCCUACCGCCAGCCCCUCCUCAUUGCCGUUUUGCUCCAGCUCUCCCAGCAGCUCUCUGGCAUUAACGCUGUGUUUUACUAUUCGACGGGGAUUUUUGAGUCCGCCGGUGUGAAACAGCCCAUUUACGCCACCAUAGGAGCCGGAGCAGUCAACACCGUUUUCACCGUCGUGUCUCUCUUCUUGGUGGAGAGGGCGGGGCGAAGGACCCUACAUCUCAUUGGAUUGGGCGGGAUGGCUGUCAGUGCUGUGGUUAUGACCAUCGCUCUGAUGUUGAAACGCAUCAAGUCCCUGAGUUAUCUGAGCAUUGCCGCAGUCUUUGGAUUCGUAGCCAUGUUUGAGAUGGGCCCUGGGCCAAUCCCGUGGUUCAUUGUCGCCGAGUUGUUCUCUCAGGGGCCACGCCCCGCUGCCAUGGCUGUGGCUGGCUGUUGUAACUGGACUGCGAACUUCUUAGUGGGAAUCAGCUUCCCCAAACUGGUGGAACUUUGUGGGCCAUUCGUGUUCAUCAUCUUCGUGGUUUUCCUCGUCCUCUUCUUCAUCUUCACCUUCUUCCGCGUUCCUGAGACCAAGGGGCGAACCUUCGAUGAAAUCGCGCGUAGUUUCGCUGGAGGCGCUCCUCCAUCCACCUCCUCUGUAGAGGCGCCUGCAGCAGGGGAUGGAGUCACGCUGCCGGCCUCCCCGGUCAAGGAGAAGGUCCCACUGAUGGAAUCCAAUUCAGCCGCUGGAGAGCAUGCCAGCUCCUCAGCAGAGCCAUUGCUUGAGGCUGCAAAGAAGGAGGAAAAAUCCAGUUCCGCUGCAGAGCCAUUGGUGGAAUCUGGAAAGGGGGAGGAGAAACCAAGUUCUGCUCAAAAGCCAUCGGUGGAAUCUGUGAAGGCAGAGGAGAAAACAAGCUCCACUCAAAAGCCAUCAGUGGAAUCUGGAAAGGAAGAGGAGAAGCCAAGUUCUACUCAAAAGCCAUUGGAGGGAUCCGGAAAGGGGGAGGAAAAACCAGGUUCCACUGAAAAGCCAUUGGUGCCAGCUGGGAUAGGGGAGGAGAAAACAAGUCCCAGUGAGAAGCCACUGGUGGAAUCUACAGUAGAAAAGAAAUCUGAUUCCAAAAUUUAG